CCCCCCGGCCAAACACCAGCACCGACGCCGCGCGAAUGCCCUCCCCCCGCUGCCGAGGGGAAGAGGAGCGGUAGUAGGCGAGGCCGCGGCGGCGGCUCGGACCCGGCGGCGAUGGCGGGGCGGCCGGGGUACGUGACGGUGCCGAUACUCGCCGUGCUCGCCGCGAUCGGGUACGUGUACUACACGACGGUGUUCCUGGCGAUCCCCGCGUGGCUGGGGCUCGCCACGGCGGCCGGGGUCGCCAACGUGGUGGCCUUCACCGCGCUGGCCGCAGCCUGCGUCGCCACCUACGCCGUCGCCGUCUCCCGCGACCCGGGCCGCGUGCCGCCGGCCUUCGUGCCCGACGUCGAGGACACCGACAUCCCCAUCCACGAGAUCAAGCGCAAGGGUGGCGAUUUGAGAUAUUGUCAGAAAUGUUCCCACUAUAAACCUCCCCGUGCUCAUCAUUGCCGUGUCUGCAAGAGAUGUGUUCUAAGAAUGGACCAUCACUGUAUAUGGAUUAACAAUUGUGUUGGACAUGAGAACUACAAGAUUUUCCUAGUCUUUGUGCUAUAUGCUGUAAUUACAAGCUUAUAUUCACUGGUUCUGAUUAUAGGAGGUGCUGUGCACAGUUUGCCUAAGAAUGAACAAUUAGGCAGCGAUUCUUCUAGAACAUCAAUUAUCAUUUGCGGGGUCUUUCUGUGUCCAUUAACUUUGGCAUUGACCAUUCUUUUGGGUUGGCAUGUGUACCUCAUCUUUCACAAUAAAACUACUAUUGAGUACCAUGAAGGAGUUAGGGCAAUGUGGUUAGCAGAAAAGGCUGGAAAUCUUUAUCACCAUCCAUAUGACCUUGGUGUAUAUGAGAAUCUUGUUUCAGUGCUAGGGCCUAACAUACUCUGCUGGCUCUGCCCAAUAUCAAGGAAUACAGGCAAUGGCAUUCGUUUCCGUACGUCAUAUGAUAUACCACUAUCUACUCCACCAAUUUGACAUCAGGUAGCAUUACAUUCAUGUUAGAUUUCUGCUAAUUUGCUAAGAAACUUGGUUGCGCAUCCAAGUGUGAACUGUGUGCUAUUCUCACAAUAGCAUUUGAUGACCCUUCAUAAAGGAAUAGCAUCUGUCAUUGUCUCGAAACUCUCACAUUAAGAGUUUGUACUUCAUGCACUCAAAUGUGUAAAUGACACUCCACGUGUAAGAUACAGGAAGAGAAUCUGGAUAUUCCUCCAGGCUCCAAGGAUCUCCAUGGAUUCUGGAGUGAGAAAUAUUAACUUA